AUGAGACCUUCGUUUCGGCUGCCUGCUGCAGCGGCUCGCUCCCUUAGCAAUGCCUCUAGUAGUGCUGCGUUUGUUUCUUCCUGUGUUAGCUGCACAAAACCCCAGAACCAACAUAUAAUUAUUCCUCUGUUUCAGAGACAUUGCUGCAGAUUCCAUUCAAAUGCAGCAGCUACACAGUCACACUCAGCAGCUGCAGAUACACCGCAGAUUCGCGAGUGGGAGAAGCCGCUCAUCGCUGAGGUGUACAGACAGCUCCGUGGCCAGCCUGUCCAGCUGCGUCCCUCUUCCUCUUCUUCUUCCUUCUCAUCAGCAUCAGCAGCAUCAGGAGCAGCUGGUGCAGCACGUCCGUCUAACGAGCCGGUCGACAGCAGCAGCAGCAGCAGCAACAGCAGCAGCAGCAGCAGCAGCAACUGGGGCCCCACAUCUCCGUUACCAGGUUGGGAGUAUUACCCUGAAGAUGAGAGGGGCCUCCGCUUCGGCUCUGCUUAUAUGUUUCUGACUUUGGCUUGGAACCGAAAAUUCAGCCGACUAAGAGAUCUCCUCGUCAACGCAAACAGAUCCAGAGAAGGCGCUAAACAAGUCCUCAGUAGAGUUCUUUCUGUUGUUGCUGAAGAUUUGUCUAACGGCGUCAGAGCCCAGCCUUCUGCUGAGACCAGCAGCAGCAGCAGCAGCAGCAACAGUAACAGCAGCAGCAGCAGCAGCAGCAGCACAUCUUCUGAGAAGACAAGCGAGAGUCUCUCUGCUGCACCCCACACCCCGGCACCCGCACCCGAUGAUCUCUUAGCAGCGCUGCAGGGGGGCUUAAACAGUCAGCUGCUGCUGCUGCUGCAGCAGCAAACUUCUUUUUUAAUGCAAAGAGGAAUCUCUAUUCGCUCGGUUAUUAAACCCCAAAGGGUUGUCGUAGACAACGUAUAUGGCAUCGUAGGCUGCACAAGGGGCUCUAGUGCUUCUUCGAUGCAGUUAGUGCAGCACGGGUCGGUGCAGGUGCUGCUGCGGCGCAGCAGCAGCAGCAGCAGCAGCAGCAGCAGCAGCAUGAGUCCUGCCGCCACUGUGUAUAUGCCUAAGCCUCGCCCAUUUGACUUUGAAGCUGCUGUUGCAGCAGCAGAAGCAGCAGCAGAACCCGAUUCAGCAGCAGCAAAAGCAGCAGCAGCAAAAGCAGCAGCAGCAGCAGCAGCAGCAGCAGCUAGAUCCAGUGAACAAAGCAAGUUUAUGAAUUUAUGCGGCGACUGCGGAAGCGCCAUAGAGAAAGGAUUUGUUUUAAUAAUAGAUUUCAAAUUGUUAUGUCUUCAACAACUUAGUUUAAUUGAUAGAAAAGGAAGCAUAUUGAUGGGCAGUGAUAGCGAAGAGGCUGCAGUGCAUACUCUGCGCUUAGAACUCAACGCCAAAUUCGACGCACACAACUCCAAUUUGAUAUUUCCGGCGUUCGACUCCAGCGGAUUUAAUUUGACAGAUUGGAACUAUGCAAUUGGAGCGCAGUAUCCGAUAUCAUUGAAAGAAAUAUUAAAUGUUGUUGUUU